AUGAGUCAGCUUAACGGUACAAUAGAACUCAAUCACUCACAUUUGAGAAUUCAUUAGUUGACAGCAGCAAUGAGCGAUGGUGAUUAAUAAAAUAGUGAUGCUUAAGAAGAAGUUAAUUAAAGUUGGAGAAUAAUAGAGAGUUUGAAAUCAUAUUGCUUAUGGGCUCAUCCUUUUACAAUCAACGAUCAAGAUGAAUACGAAGAUAAAUCUGAUUUUAUCUUAACUUAAAAAAGAUUUGAAGCCUUAGAUUAUUUUGAAAAAGAUUUUUAAUCAGCUAAUCAACUAAUAUCUGGAGAAAUUAAUUACCUAGAAAAACUUCUGUAAUCUCUCAUCGAGGAAUUCAAAGCUUAGAUAAAUUCAAUUAUUUCGAUUCAAGAUAUGGAAUCUAAGGAACUAUAAAGAGAGGAACUUGAUUAGCUUAAACAAAGAUAAUUUUCAAUAAUAUCUUUUCUCAGAACUUGCAUUAAAGGCGUUUAGCUAAGUCAUGAGGAUUUUUAAACUGGAAAAUUAACCUAGCUAACAAUAGAUAGAUGCUGCAACUGUCAAAGAAUAAUAAGAAUAUCAGAAUACGAUGAAGUCAAGAGAAAAAAUGAGACAGUAGAAUUGGCUGCGGCAGAAAAGAAAAAGUAGCAAUAUUACUUAAAGAAAAAAAAAGCUGAUGAGAAAAGAUUAAGACCAGAAUAGUUUUUAUAGUAGUAGGAAGAUAUCACACAAAAAAUCCUCAAAAUUGUUAAAGAUAAUAAGCAGAGCUAGGAGCAACUCAAACUCGAAUAAAUACAUUAAAGUGAAAGAAGAAAAUCAUUAGCAAAAUUACAACUCAAUAAUACAAUAGAUGGCGUUAUUAGGAAUGUUUAAGAAAACAAUAAUUUAAUAAUCAUUGACGAUUAAAUUACUAAUUAAAUGAAACUUGAAGAUAAUAAGCAGACAGUUUAUCAUUAUUUGAAGAAAUAAAAAGGUGAUGGAAAAGGGAAACCUCUCAGAGAUAAAAGCAUUCAAUAAUAGGAAAUUGAUUAAAAUAAUGCCUUUAUGAUGAAAGGAACAGCAAAUCCGUUUUAGCAAGAAUUAUUGACCAUUAAUCCAGUAAAAAAAACUAAAAAGAUAGAGCAUCAAAAUGAAAUGCCUUAUUUUCAGCAGAUAAUAAAUGAUUUAAAUAUUGACUAGAAAGAUGAAGGUAUUAUCUAUAAAAGUAAAGUUGGCUAUAAUAGCCAGCUGAAAAACAAAAUAUAGAGGACUAUUUUUCUCGAUUAAUAAACAUAUAAUCAAGAUAAAGAUAUUAGCUAUGAAGAAUAAAUUCCAUAAAAUAUAAACUAAGAUACUAUAAACAAUGAAGAAGAAGCAAAGUUUGAGUAGACUAAAGAUGAUCAAGUCCUGAAACAAUAAUAAGAUCCAUCCAAAUCUAAGAAGGAAUUAGAAACUUAGAAUGAAGAACAAAAGCAAGAAUCUUAAGAAGAAUAUAUAGAAUCUAAAAAGCCUUAAAAACCAAUAAAUUUGCCAGAAAUUAAAGUAAAUCAUAAAGUAACCAUAAUUGAAUAAUAACAAAAAAAUUAAAGUCUUUGCGAAAGAAAAAGUAUUUCAAGUCUUAAAGAUCAAAGAUAAAACACAGGCAAUGCGUAAUCUAAAAUACCCUAUUAAAACUAAAGAGAAAUGAGUUAUAAUCAUAAGACAUAGUAGAACUUUGGUAACAAUAAAGAAGCAAGUGCUCAAAAUAAAAGUACUCAAGGAAACAGUCAUAGCUAUGAAUCCUCAAAGACAACUAUCAAUACUGAGAACAUCUAAAAUGAGACUAAGUAGAGGUACUCUCAUUCUAGAGAUGGAUAUUAACCCAGCAUGUAAUCCAAAAUUAAUCAAAAUAUCAUAAACAAUAAUAAUUCAAAAUACACUAAUAUAAAAGAGGAAAAAGCUAAAGUUUCUAAACUACUAGAGGAAUUUGAGAAGAAGUAAAAACUAGAGAAGCAUUUGAAGAUGUAAGAGCAGCUAGAUUCUGAUAUGAUUUUGAAAUCUAACCAUCAAACAGGUGCUGGAAGAUCAUCGAUUUUAGAAAUGCAGUAGAAAUAAAAGUUUUAUGAGUGUUAAACACCUGAGUAAUAGUAAUAUGUAAAUUCACUUUUGUAAAUUAAACCAUGGCUUGGAUGCUUGCCCUUAAAAGCCUCUAAACUAGAAUACCUUAAGAAAAAUUAUCCAAUAGAUGACGCAACUAGUAUGUCUAUAUUUCAUUUAGAGGGUAAGGACAAGGAAGAUUACCAAACUGAGAUAGAAUUCGUUGAGACGGAAGUUGUUUCAAAAAGAAACAUGUUAAGAGAGAAAAAAACUGAUUUCGAAUUGCUCAUGGAUGCGAGAUACUUUAACAAGUAUGGUGACUAUCUUCAUAAAAGAUUACAACAGAAAAAUUUCUACCAGAGAUUGGAAAUAUCAAAGGAUGCAUAAAAAUCAGAGAUUAAAAAGUAAUUCUACAAGCUUGCUCUAAUUUGGCAUCCAGACAACAUAAAGAAAAAGCAUAAAUUUGGAUUUGCUUUCGAGUAAGUAUUUACUAAGCUUGUUGCAGAGAUUUUCGUUCUUUUUGAAGAAGCAUAUAAAACAUUAAGCAAUGAAGAUACCAGGAAAAACUACGAUUCGAAGAAUUGA